GAGUCUCGCGAGAACAGCCCAUUGUUGUUCCAAGCAGCUAGUGCUCCUAAUCUAGCUGCCUACCUGCGAUGGCUGCUCUCGGACCUCUGACCGAGGCGGAGAGGCCCCGACACCGGCCGUUUCUGAUCGGAGUCAGCGGAGGAACUGCCAGCGGCAAGUCGACAGUCUGCGCCAAGAUCAUGGAGCUCCUGGGCCAGAACAAGGUGGACCACCGCCAGAGGAAGGUGGCCAUUGUAAGUCAGGACAGCUUCUACAGAGUCCUGACCCCAGAGCAGAAGGCAAAGGCACUGAAGGGCCAGUACAACUUUGACCAUCCAGAUGCAUUUGACAACGAGUUAAUGUACCAAACCCUCAAAGACAUCGUGGAGGGGAGAGUGGUAGAAGUGCCUACAUAUGACUUUGUCACUCAUUCCAGAUUGGAUGACAAGAUCACAGUCUACCCGGCAGACGUGGUCCUGUUUGAGGGGAUCCUCGUCUUCUACAACCAGAAAGUGCGCGACAUGUUUCAUAUGAAGCUCUUCGUGGACACAGACUCUGAUGUCAGAUUGUCUCGCAGAGUCCUGCGAGACAUGAACAGAGGGAGAGACCUGGAGCAGAUCCUCACUCAGUACACCACAUUUGUCAAGCCUGCCUUUGAGGAGUUCUGUCUGCCUACUAAGAAGUAUGCAGAUGUCAUCAUUCCAAGAGGAGUUGAUAACAUGGUGGCCAUCAACCUCAUCGUGCAGCACAUACAAGACAUUCUGAACGGUGACAUCUGUAAAUGGCAGCGCGGGUCUGUCAGCAGCCACGGGCGGAGCCUCAAGCGGGCCAUUUCUGAGCAGGCGGACCUGCAGAACGGAUCAUCCAACCCUCCAGGGAAAAGGGUCCUGCUGGAGCCCAGCAGUCGCCCCCACUGAGAUGGUCUGGAUGGGUGUGUCUCAACUGUGAAUAUGAGCUUGGAGUUGGGAUUGUUGCUGCUGAUUUGGUGUGGGUCAGUAACUCGUCCCACCUUUGGCAGAUUUUAUUUUUCUUUUUUUAAAAAUAAACCACAAUCCCAUGUCCAAGUACUUAGUGCUGCAACAUUUCCAUAAUUCCCUUGUAAUUAAGGUGCAUCACUGAAAUGGGUUAUCAGCAAUCACUGAUAACACUUAAAGCAAGUUACUGUCUUCCAUAUUUUUCUUGAAUUCUUUGUAAUAUUGCUGUGGUCUGAAAUGAGGACGAUGUAACAGGACGUAGGAAAUUUUCAAUUAUUUAAAUGUUUGAAUUCAAUAGUUUUGCACAUUAAUUUUUUUUCUUAUUUAUACAUGUAGACUCUUACUUUUUGUUUAAUAUAUUUAAAACUCACGUGAACUAGGUACCAUGUUGCUUUCUCUGCUUUAAAUGUAUUUGAUAACUUAUUUAAUCUAAUUCUAUGAGGGUCAAAAGCUCAUCUAUGUUUUCAGCAGUGCUGCACCUAGUUUGGUAUAGGCUGCUUUUUUUUUUUUUUUUUUUUGGGAUUGGACCUGUUAAAGCUGAAGCCAUGCCUUAACUUUUUUUUUUUAAUUCAUUUUCCACUGACUGCACUGUAUAACAAUAAAUGUAAUUUAAGGAUUCAAGGAAAUGGGCUGCUUAUUUUGGAAUACCGAGGAGGAAAAUUAUGCCUCUGAUCAA